GAUUGUAAUCAUCAAGCAGAUUUCGCUUAUUUGGUAUGGUAUACCCCGUCUUUUCUGGUACAUUUACCAUACCGAAGAAAAUCAGGGGUUUAACUAACUAAAUUCGAUUUGAUCUUGUUGCUGAAGCAACAUUGUUUCAAUUUUCCCUUAUCUUUUGGUAAAUCAACAGUUUCAAAAAUUAUUUAGUGAUACACUACUAGUUUUUAAUAAUAUGGCCGUAAAAUGCUGGUUUGUUUUUAUUUUUGUUCUCAAUGUUACCGGCGCUAUUUGGGGUUAUAACGUUCAAGAUGCCCCAUUGCUUGUUAAACGACCUCCAUGGCUGAAAGCUUGCAAAAAAUCUGAUGAAAACGUUAACAAAUGUAUCAACGAUAUGUUUCUGAAAAUGUUUCCAAGUUUAGCGGUAGGUAUUCCUGAAAUUAAUGUUGAACACUUCGAACCACUUUCUCUGGAUGCUGUAUCCAUAAGCAAAGGAAACGGGGCAAUUGUUUUAACUGGAAGCUUAUAUGAUUUAAACGUAGCUGGUCCAUCUAACUCUACGCCAAGGGAUACCUCAUUUACUAUAAAUGAUGAUAAGCAUGGUCAUUGGAACUUUAAGUUAGACAUCCCUCUUCUAGACCUUAAAUCUAAAUAUAAUUUAAAAGGUCAAAUUUUGGUAUUGCCAUUAUUGGGCCAAGGAAACUGUGAUAUGAAAAUGUAUGAUAUUCGUACCAGAAUUUUUACAAACAUUACGUUUUUGGAGAAGGAAGGCCGUGAAGUAAUGCAUAUAGAUUCUAUGAAAGUUAAAUUUAGGAUUGGUGGAUUAAAGGUUAAAUUUGAUAAUUUGUUUAAUGGGAAUAAGGUAUUAGGACAUACAGUGAACUCCUUUAUUAAUCAAAAUGGCUUGGAGAUUGUAGCAGAACUAGAAGAAAACCUAGGAAAUAGUUUGGCAUUAAUAUUCAUGAAACUCAUAAAUAAUAUUUUUACAAAAAUUCCUAUUGAUUUGUGGUAUUUAUCAGACGAACAAUAUAAGCAGUACGAAGAAGACUUACAAAUGCUAAAGUUGAACUCUUAGAAUAGUAUUAUUAAGUAUAGUUCGUAAGGCUCGGAUUCAAAAAUGUUAAAAAGCCAAAAGAUAUAAUGUGAUAAAGUUAAGUAUUUUAUUUUUACAAAACAUACUUUUUUAAUUUUAGGGGUAAAAUAAUUAAAAAAACGAUUGUUGCUAUUUUUAUCCGAUAAUAAAUUAAGUUUUUAUGAAAGUC